GUUUACCGGUUGGUCCGGUCACUCAAUCUAGUCUUCACUGGGUCGUACCUCCGCUUCUUCCUUUCUCCAAAAUAUCUCUCCUCUCUCUCUAGGUUGCUGUUCUGUUGUUUGAUUCUCCUCUUGAGCUGCGUUCUGUUCCUCACUGUCACUGCGAGAUCGCCGAUCUUCAAGGCAUUCAAUUGUCACAAUGAAGGCUGCCAAGGGUAAGGGGGCAGCGAUCAGGGUCUCGAAGGAGGCGUUGAAGCCCGUUGACGACAGAAAGGUCGGGAAGAGAAAGGCUGCCACUAAGGCAGAUAAGGGUGGCAAAAGUCAAGCCAAGAAGGGAAAGUUGGCUAAGAAAGACCCCAACAAGCCUAAGAGGCCUCCCAGUGCCUUCUUUGUAUUUCUUGAGGAGUUCAGAAAGACCUUCAAGAAAGAAAAUCCUCACGUGAAAGCUGUCUCAGCUGUUGGUAAAGCUGGCGGGGAGAAGUGGAAAUCCAUGUCUGGAGCUGAAAAAGCUCCAUUUGAAGCCAAAGCUGCAAAAAGAAAGACUGAGUAUGAGAAGCUUAUGAAUGCUUAUAACAAGAAGCAGGAAAACAUGGAUGAUGAUGAUGGUGAUGAGGAAUCUGAGAAAUCUAAAUCUGAGGUUGAUGAGGAAAGUGGCCAGGAACCUGAGGAAGAGGAGGAAGAGGACGAGGAUGAGGACGACGACGACGAUGACGAUGAUGACUGAAUUUGGACGUUUUCUGACCAUGGACAUUAUUGCCAAUCCAAGGCAAAUGUGAUGGAUAUUGUAUGUUCAUACUCAUGGGUUACAUGUGGUGAUCUCUGAAAUGGUUCAACUAUCUGCCUUGUGCGUUGCUAUAUUAUCACCUUUGAUACUUGUAUGCUCAGUAUGAGCUUGUUUCUUCGCACUCUUAAUUUCUCACAGAGCAUUCCUUAGCCUUACAUGGUGUGUUAAGCAUGUUAGUCCCUCAUUUUCUCGAGUUAUAAAUGAAUAUGUAUAUAUGAAUCAAGGAUGAGAGAUGGCAUCUUGGUUUCAUAUGGAGUUUCUACAGCUUGUUCAUGGUCAUCUCUUUCAUCGUUUGUUGAAAUGCUUCAAUUCCCCACUAGAUUUGUGGGCUUGUGCUCAAUUUCACUAGCAUGGAUAUGUAUUUCUUGGUACCUGAUAUUGGUAAAUACAGGAAUUGUUGGCUAUUUGGUGUA